AGCACCUCAAAACUUCUUCUCCGUUGGACGUUGAGCUUCCUGGCCUAUGGACAGCACGGAGAGCAACCAUGCUUAGCCUUUUGAAGGUCAGUCGCCUGUCACCGCUUCUGUCCGCUUGGUGGAUGACUGCACGAGUUGUCGCAGAGAACGUCGAUGAUGGACCACAAGGAGCAGACCUACUGGCAGGAGACGGGGCGAUGGGCGGCCAACGAGGAGAGCUUCGAUCCCCAGUCCGGCGUGUGGGCGUCCUCGCCCGUCUCGUACCUCACCUUCAAGAGUCUGGUCCAGUUGCGACGUUCCAUGAACACUGGUGUGGUGCUUUUUGACUGUGCGGAGAAAACCUUGGAUGGCAUCGCAGAGAAGAUUGUCGCUGAGAUGCUUAAGCAGAAGCAGAUCAGACCAGGAGACCAGGAGGGGGUCAUGAAAUGCCUGCUCCAGAACCGCUGCCAACAAGCCGAUCCAGAGAGUCAAGCCCUGACGGACGGAGCGGACCUCCACAGGUUCUCCGUCAAGGAAAGGAAGGAAGAAUCUGACCACGUCGAGGCUUCAAUGGUGUUAGUAGGAGUUUUGGACUUCCUGGAAAAGCCAGCGGUCGUCUUUGUGCGUCUGAAAGAGGCGGCGGCGCUCGACUCGGCCUUGGAGGCUCCAGAGCCGAUACGCUUCGUCUUGGUGCUGAUCGGGCCCGCCAAUGCCGAAUUGGAUUACCAUGAAACCGGGCGAGCCAUGGCGGCGCUCAUGGCCGAUAAUUUGUUUAACCAGACGGCGUCUCGGGCGAAAAGCCUGCGAAACUUGACCGAAGCCGUCGGCGACUUCAUGGACUGCAGCAUUGUCAUCCCACCCACCGAGAUCCAAAACGAAGCCAUGCUCACUUCCAUCGUCAACUUCCAGAAGAAAUUGCUCAAGGAUAGAGUCCACUCGUCGGAGCCCGUGUUGGAAAGCAAGCCGAGUCAGAUUACAUUCUCUUCCGCACCACCGCCCGAAGACCCCCUGUCCCGCACGGGCCGACCGUUCGGCGGGAUGAUACGAGACAUUCGAAGACGAUACCAGUAUUACAAGAGCGACAUUACCGAUGCUCUCAACGCUCAGGUCCUUGCUGCCAUUAUCUUCAUCUACUUUGCAGCGCUCUCUCCUGCCAUCACUUUUGGGGGCCUCCUAGCGGACAAGGUGGAGGAUAUGAUGGGCGUCUCGGAGCUUCUCAUCUCCACAAGCAUCCAGGGGAUUAUCUUCUGUUUCGUUGCUGCCCAGCCUGUUCUUGUCAUCGGCUUCUCUGGUCCUUUGUUAGUGUUUGAAGAGGCCUUCUUUGCUUUCUGCAAGUCCCAGGAGAUCGAGUACAUCGUCGGGCGAGUGUGGGUGGGCGUGUGGCUGGUGAUCAUCGUGGUGGUCAUCGUAGCGUGCGAGGGAAGCUUCCUGGUGCGCUUCAUCUCCCGCUUCACCCAGGAGAUCUUCUCCAUCCUCAUCUCCAUCAUCUUCAUCUACGAAACCUUCGCCAAGCUCGCCAGGAUCUUCAAGGCUCAUCCGCUGAUUCUGAAUUACGAUCAUCUGAACGCAUCUUUAGAAAACCCCUGGCACCCAAAAGUGGAACGGACGGUCAUGUUCGACAACGGGACAGGCAACACGACCGUUAUCGCCCGAACUUUAAUGCCAGCCUACCCUAACACAGCCCUGCUCUCCAUGUGCCUCAUGCUUGGCUGUUUCUUCAUUGCAUAUUUCUUGCGCCAGUUCAAGAACGGAACAUUUCUGCCGGGAAAGUUGAGUAGCUCUUUUUACCCUUUGCAACAAACUAUUAUUCAAGUCAUCAUCAUGGUGUCGCUCUUACAGGUCAGACGUUUGUUGGGUGACUUUGGUGUGCCCAUUGCCAUUUUCCUCAUGAUUGUGGUGGACUACUCCAUUGGAGACACCUACACUCAGAAACUGGUGGUCCCUAAAGGUCUGAUGGUGUCGAAUCCCGCCAAAAGAGGCUGGCUCAUCAACCCAUUUGGCGAGCACUCACCCUUCCCCGUAUGGAUGAUGUUUGCAUGCUGCGUUCCGGCUUUGCUCGUCUUCAUCCUCAUCUUCUUGGAGUCUCAGAUCACAACCUUGAUCGUGAGCAAACCCGAGAGGAAGAUGGUCAAAGGCUCCGGCUUCCACUUUGACCUUCUGAUUUUGGUGGGCAUGGGCGGGAUCAGCGGCAUAUUUGGCGUGCCGUGGCUCAGCGCCGCCACGGUGCGCUCUGUCACUCACGCCAACGCCCUCACCGUCAUGAGCAAAGGAACCAAACCUGUGAUCGAGAAGGUGCUGGAACAGAGGGUCAGCGGCAUUGUUGUAGCCCUACUGGUUGGUCUGUCCAUUUUAAUGGAGCCCAUCCUGAAAUUGAUUCCCAUGGCAGCCUUGUUUGGGAUCUUCCUCUACAUGGGUGUCACAUCACUCAACGGCAUCCAGCUGUGGGAUCGUAUGCUGCUUCUGCUCAUCCCCAAAAAAUAUCAUCCCAACGAGCCAUAUGCAACCAAAGUGAACACCAAAAGAAUGCACUUGUUCACAGUCAUCCAGAUCGUGUGCCUGGCUCUUCUGUGGAUUAUUAAAUCCAGUCCGGCAUCCCUCGCACUCCCAUUCAUACUCAUCCUCACCAUUCCCUUACGCAUGCUCAUGACUGGGCGUCUCUUCACCGAGCUGGAGAUGAAAUGUUUGGAUGCUGAUGAUGCCAAAGUGACCUUUGAGGAGGAGCCGGGACAAGAUGUGUACUGGGAAACUCAGAUGCCAUUGUAGAUGUAGAGAAUGGCCACUUGUGAUAAAAAAUACAUUUAAAAAAAACAGAAAACACCACUCAAAUUAAAGUUUGCUGGCAAUUGUAUUCCAAUAAAAGUGGCUAUAGAAUA